AUGUACGUUGCAGUCCGACAACAAGAAAUAGUCAAUUCUGCCCCACCUGUGGAAAAUGUCAAAGCGCGCUGGCCAGCACUUUAUACAGAGAGACAGGUCCUGGCAGAAUUUAACCAGAUCACCAGCUCCAAACUGGGCAAUGAUUUUGAACACCACGACCGCAGGACGUCUUGGGCCAAUACAGGCCCUAACCAACCAACACGGUCCAACAUAAAUGGUAGGUACCCAAACUGGACCAGGUCAAACUACGACCACUAUGACUGCCCACCUAGUCAGAGGUACAGUAACAGACCGGAACCCCCAGACAGAGGACUGGACCCACCUGACUACCACGGCUACCGGCAACCGGCCCACUGCCAGGAAGCCCCCAGGGACCCGCUAAGUCACAACAGACAAGACUCUUACAGUGACCGCUCACAGUGCCCCAGGUACCCAGACUUCCCGGAUGUAAGACCCGUACCGCCCACUAGCCGACAGGACUGCCAAGACUAUAGGAGACGUGACCCCUAUAGCCCACCCCCCACCUGCCCCCGCGAGCGCCAAAUGCAUGUCCCAAUACAAGGUCGAGACUACCCCGGACCAACAAUCCGUGACUUUGACCGCAUUGCCCGCCACAUUUACCGCUUUGAACCCCAACCGGGAAACCCUGCAGACCCCCAGUCGUACCUCAGAGACAUUGACUUCUACUCUAAACGUUUGCUCAAUGCAUCUCUAGAGGACAAAGUAUUCUUAAUAAAACUUACGUCCAACAGGGAAGUUAAUAACUUUAUAGACAGACAGUCGCCCGCCACACGGCAAAACUACGACAAUCUCUGUCAGGCCCUCCUCAACGAAUACUCUGACUUUGGAACGUCUGGUACACUCACUGCAGCCCUAACCGUCAGACAGGCCCGUAACGAGCCGUCAGACGCUUACUAUCACAGACUGAGACAGGAAUACUUCGGUAACCAAAAUUACCAAAAUAUGGAGGAGGACAAACACUUUAAAGCCCUGUUCAUCCAAAACCUUCACCCCAGCCUCAGCCUACUCCUAGGUGUGAAUGCAUGCCCUGUUACACAAAACAUGCGGCAGCUGAGGACUCUGGUAGCCAGAGCCCAAAGUAUUCACACAAUGAGAUCCCACAACCAACCACCGGAGGCGCCCUCAGACUACAGUGUUGGUAAACAUUCUAAACUAAAGAGCGCCCCCGCCCACCAGCUGCGUAAAACAGCACGUAAGGCCAACCAGGAAAAGUCAAACUCCCACAGGCCAACGCCACGUAAAAACAGGCACACACAGGGCAGAAGCCAGCGCUAUUCCACAAACAGCACCGGCCCCCACCCACAUAGCGGGACUCAAAACAAUGUCCCCAAACAACCCUCAGGUACAUUUAAAAACCGGAUGGGGGAAGACCAUAAUCAAUUGGACAACCUCACCUGGGAAGAGGAACAGCUCCUCCAAAUACUCACUCGUAAAACAAACGGUGAAACGACAAACAAAGCUGACUCCCUUACAGAAAAAGAUAGUCCAUACGACUCCGACGACCUUGACUACACAGACACUGACGGUGCUGAACCACUAAAUCAGACUGUAUUACAAUCACAGGUCGACACGGACACUUGGGACCCUGACUGGCUAGAGGACAGUCAAUACAUUCCCCAAAAGGACGUUAUGGUGGUACAGGUAAGUUCCUACACCGACACUGGGGGGAAAACUCCCCCCACAGUCAGGUGCGAACCACCUGCCCAAACGUCAAUUGGAAACUUGCGACUCAAAGGAGCAAACAGGACACUCCACCUUCCGGUGACUCUCGAGGACCAAUGGAAACAGGACGCUAUGAUGGAUACGGCAGCAGACAUCAGUCUGAUAUCCAGCUAUCUCUUUGGUUCAAAAGCCCCUCCCCAUGCCAUGGCCGCCUGGCAGCGCCCAGCCCUACGCCGCGGCAGGCCAGCCAAUGACCGCCCCAAAACCAGACGUGACUAA